GUUUGCAUUUAAAUAGUUUUUGUAUUUUAAUAUUUUUUACAUUAAAAAUAUAUAAUAGUUUUGUUGGAUUGUAUUGAUGUGAUUACUAACACUGCAAUCAAAAAAAAAAAAAUUGUUGAAUCAUUUGUUGGCCAAUAGAUUGUCGACUAAUUAGUAAUAAUUAGUGUGUUUUUUGUUAUUUGUUUGAUUACAUUGACUGCAAUAUACAUUGUUUGGUCGAUUAUAACGACCCGUACGUGUGUUUUAUUGACCACCGCAGCCACCGAUUAGGGCAGACAGACAGACACCAGCGAUUGGAUCCAAACAGUAAUGGUAUUGGUGUCGUAUUUGAGUCGAUGUCAUCACUAUUUGGUGGCACUGAGGCCGUGGUCAUUCUCGGCCUCGUCGACACCAGUACUUCUCGGUACUGUUCUGGCCUACAAAGCGACCGAUUCGUUUUCGUUGGUCACACUGAUAGCUACACUGUUGACAGUGGUGUCGGUACACGCGGCCGGCAAUCUGGUCAACACGUAUUGCGAUUUUAUGAAAGGCAUAGACUCGAAACGUCGCGCCGAUGACCGCACUCUUGUCGACUCAAUUCUGAAGCCCGAAGAAGUGGUCAAUUUGGGUGUCCUCUCAUACAUCAUGGGUUGUAUCGGUUUUGUAAUAGUCGUGUUCGUCAGUCCGGCCCGAAUGGAAUUGUUGGCCGUCCUCUACUUCGGUGGUCUCAGCUUUUCAUUUCUCUAUACGGGUGGCAUUGGUCUCAAAUAUAUAGCUUUGGGUGACAUCAUCAUUAUGGUAACGUUCGGGCCGGUGGCCGUACUGUACGCGUUUGUCGCCCAAACCGGUAACUUAAACAUGGCCUCAUUGAUCUAUGCCAUACCGUUGGCGCUUAAUACGGAAGCCAUACUACACUCGAACAAUACCCGAGACAUUGAAUCUGACCGACGGGCCGGCUGUAUGACUCUGGCCGUACUGAUUGGCCAUCAGCUCUCACACAUACUGUUCGCUCUUCUAUUAUUUAUACCAUACAUACUAUUUUGUGUUACUAGUAUUCAGUACUCGUUGUGGUUAUUAUUACCGCUAAUAACCAUAAAAAGUGCUUUCGAUUUGGAGAAACAAUUUCGCGGCGGAAAUCUUAGAUAUUUGCCCCGAGAUAUGGCCAAACUUAACCUCUAUUUCGGUGUAUUUUAUUUGAUCGCCUGUUGUCUGUCCAAUCCUAAACAAUUGCCCGGAAUUGUGCGCAACUAAUUACCCGAUUAUCCCCUCCUCACCCACCCUUCUCUCCCCCCCCCGAUAUGUUAAUUGUAUCAAUUAAUAAUUAAAUCCAUCAAAUUUUUUUUA